AUGGACAUGCUGUUCGUCUUCGUUUUUCCCUCAGAAGGACGUUCUUUACAUGUUAGACAUUGUCAGCAGCCAGACAAUAUAGAAGAGGCAUUCAAUAAUCUCAGGAAUCAAUUAGAUCUAACCAUACUAUCACAUACAGAAAGUACAGAAAUAAUACCAUGUCCUUCUCAAACGCGGAGUCAUCAUGGUGACCCUCAAAGACUGCGCUCUACUUGCCCAUGGGUAUGGGAGGCAAAUUUAGACAACACAAGAUACCCACAAAAAAUUUACAAUGCCCGUUGUAUAUGUAGGAGAUGCAUAGGUUCCUCAACUAAAUAUCAUUGUGAAUCUAUUUUUACUCAUGUCAAAGUUUUCAGAAUUCUGAACUGUGUAAAUGGUUUACUGCGAUACGUUCAAGAUGAACAACGUGUUAGUGUAGGGUGUACAUGUGCCCAUAAAAGAACGCAACAUAAUUCAUAG